AUGCCAUUCGAUCUGGUCACGAAAGAUUACAAGCCCCAAUACGCAGCCAUUGUCAGCCGACUUAUCGAAAAUUCAUAUUACCUUGCAAUUCUCGUUGACGUGGUUGCUAAUUGGCAGACUCAGACAGGCUAUGGUCUGGUUCUCGCGCUCAAAAGUACCCAGCUGCUACGUGCAGCUAACAAAAUGUUUGACACACUACGGGCGGAAUUUGGUGAUGAUUGGGACGACCCAGAAAACAUCAUUGACGAUGAGCACAAGCAAGUUUGCAUUCUUCUCAAGACGAUGACCGACAACGAAGAGCACAAGAAAGAUCUCCAGCUCGCCCUUGCCCGGCAUAUGAGAGACUCCAGAUACAAGUUUAGGUAUCCUGGGCUCGAUGACGAUGAUUCAAGACCAAGCAAGCAGUCUAGAACUUCUGGCAGGACGGGACGCUCUGCAGCAACUGAAGCAAUCAGUGAUGAAGAGGAGGAUGAGGAGGAGAGUGAAGCAGAGUUUGCAUCUACUGAAGACGACCUGGGAGGUGACAACAAUCGCUCCGUCGUCCACGAUGAUGUGCGAGAAGUCGGCUCGGUUGUUGGCAGCAGCAACAACAGGAAGCUCAAGGACUCAAACGUCACGGCAUGA